AUGAAUAUAUCUCAACCGGUUAGUGCAGAAGUUUUUUCUGUAAAUUUCGGUUUUUAUACUUCUCAAGAAAUAGAAAAAAUAUCAGUAAAACAAAUUGUUAAUCCUGUGAUUUUUGAUUAUUUAGGUCAUCCUUCAAAAGGUGGUCUUUAUGAUCUUGCUCUUGGUCCUGUAAAUCGUUCAACACUUUGUUCAACUUGUCAUUUGGAUGAGCGUUAUUGUCCAGGUCAUUUUGGACACAUUUCUCUUCCAAUACCUACAUAUCAUCCUUUGUUUUUAUCUCAGUUAUAUAGGCUUUUAAGAGCAACUUGUUUGUAUUGCUAUCAUUUUAAGCUUUCAUCCUCUGUAGUGGACCUUUAUUACUGUAAAUUAAGACUUUUAGAUGCUGGUCUUCUUUAUGAAAGUCAAGAAAUUGAUAGAAUUUAUUCGAAGGACGAUACUGAAGCUGAUGAUAGUAAUUUUAAACAUAAUUUAAGUAUUUUUAAAAGGAGAGAAUCAUAUGUGCAAGAAUGUCUUACAAAAAGUAAUAUUUUUUUGGGUGGAUUAAUGCAAAAUAAAUUAAUUGAUUCUGAAAAAAGAAACUUAAUAAAAGAAUUUUUAGAAAAAAUUGUUUCUCGAAAGAAGUGUGACAAUUGUUCAUCAAUAUCGCCUAAUUUUCGUAAAGAUGGUUAUGUAAAAAUUUUUGAGCUCCCGCUUUCAAAAAAGCAUCAGGAGCAGAUGAAUAUUCUUGGAAAGGUUCGAAUAAAUGUGUUGUUAGAAACAAAAGAAAAUAUGGGUCAAAAAUUGUCUAACGGUAAUGAUUCUUUAAAAUAUUCUCAAGAUAAUUUCAGAGAUAAAAAGAGUAUUAAGCAAGAUCAUUUUUUAAGUGAAUCAGCAAUUUAUAAAACUUUUGAGGCCAGUAAUCAUCCUAGAUAUGUAUUGCCAACAGAAAUUCGUAAUCAUUUGCGACGUUUAUUUGUUAAUGAACAAAAAAUAAUGGCAUUGUUAUAUAAAGGUUCAUAUAAAUCAGAUAAUUUUUCUAUAACUCCCGAUUUUUUUUUUAUAGAUGUUAUAGCUGUUCCUCCUACUAAAUUUAGGCCGGCUUCUGUUGUUGCUACUGAUAUACAUGAAAAUGUCCAAAAUGAAUUACUUUCAAAAAUACUUCAAUCAUGUCUUCGUAUAAGAGAAUUGAAUGAUUCUGCUUCAAGUUUAAUUAAUAAUAAAGAUUACUUCGAAAAUAAAGAUUAUAAUUUUGAUAUAUUAAUAAAUGCAUUUGUUCAAUUACAGCAUGAUGUAAAUAGCUUUAUCGAUAGUAAUCGGAAUCCUACCAACUUACCUCAAGGAAGACUUCCUCCACCAGGAAUAAAACAGACUUUGGAGAAAAAAGAAGGCUUAUUUAGGAAGCAUAUGAUGGGGAAGCGUGUAAAUUAUGCUGCAAGAAGUGUUAUUUCUCCUGAUCCAAAUAUUGAAACUAAUGAAAUUGGUGUUCCACCUGUUUUUGCUAUGAAAUUAACAUAUCCUGAGCCAGUGACUCCUUAUAAUGUUGAUUUAUUAAGGCACGCUGUUAUUAAUGGUCCGGCAAAGUGGCCAGGGGCAAUUCAGGUUCAAUUGGAGGACGGACAUAUGAUUUCAUUGUUGAGGAAAACUUUUGAAGAAAGAGUUGCUAUUGCAAAUACGUUGUUAAUUUCACAAACAUAUCGAGGAACAAAUUCAUCUUUUUUAAGGAUCUCUUCAACGAAUAAAAAAGUAUUUAGACACCUUAGAGAUAAUGAUAUUCUUUUAUUAAAUCGUCAGCCGACUCUUCAUAAACCAUCUAUAAUGGCACAUAAGGCACGUGUUCUUUCAGGAGAAAAAACUAUAAGAAUGCAUUAUGCUAAUUGUAAUACAUAUAAUGCUGACUUUGAUGGUGAUGAAAUGAAUAUGCAUUUACCUCAGAAUGAAAAUGCUCGAACAGAAGCACUAUUAAUCGCUGAUACAGAUUCUCAGUAUUUGGUUCCAACAUCUGGUGCUCCACUUCGUGGAUUAAUACAAGAUCAUGUUGUUACAGGUGUUUGGAUGACUAAAAAAGAUACUUUUUUUACAAAAGAACAAUAUCAACAAUUAUUAUAUGGUCCUUUAAGACCUGAAGAUAAUGCUUCAAAUGGUGGUAAGAUAUUAACGUUACUUCCUACAAUACUUAAGCCUGCUGUUCUUUGGACUGGAAAACAAAUUAUUUCAACUGUUUUGUUGAAUUUAAAGCCUAAAAAUUAUCCUGGAUUAAAUCUUAUAUCAAAAGCAAAAGUUAGUGGAGAAUAUUGGGGGAUUCAUACUCAAGAACAAAUAAUUUUAUUUAAAGAUGGGUAUUUACUUUCCGGGGUUCUUGAUAAAUCACAAUUUGGAGCUUCAUCUUAUGGUUUAGUACAUUCAAUUUAUGAGGUAUAUGGAUCAUCUAUUGCAGGAAAAUUUCUCGGUGUACUGAGUAGAUUAUUUACUAAAUAUAUUCAAAUGAGAGGUUUUACGUGUGGUAUAGAUGAUUUAUGUUUGAAUAGUGAUGGCGAUAAUUGUAGAAAAGAAUUAAUUAAUGAUAAAUCAUUUUGUACUAUGGAAGAUCUCAAAAGUUAUAUCGGUUUAUCUGGUUAUGAUAAAUUAGAUGAUAUUAUUCUUAAAACUAAGUUAGAGCAAAUUUAUAGAGAUGAUGAAAAACUUCAAGGUUUAGAUGUUAUAAUGAAAAAUAAAAUGAGCAAUUUGACUUCUUCUAUUAUUAAAGAAUGUAUUCCUAAAGGGCUUUAUAUUAAGUUUCCAUGGAAUAAUAUGCAAAUGAUGACUGUUUCUAGUGCUAAGGGUAAUAGUGUGAAUGUUUCACAGAUCUCUUGUCUUUUAGGACAACAAGAAUUAGAAGGACGUAGAGUUCCUAUAAUGGUUAGUGGGAAAAGUUUACCUUCAUUUAAACCAUAUGAUAUGAGUCCACGUGCUAGUGGAUAUAUUUAUGGGCGUUUUUUGACUGGAAUUGGGCCUCAAGAAUAUUAUUUCCAUUGCAUGGCUGGUAGAGAGGGACUUAUUGAUACUGCUGUAAAAACUAGUCGCUCAGGUUAUCUUCAAAGAUGUUUAAUUAAACAUCUUGAAGGAAUUAGAGUACAUUAUGAUGAUACUGUUCGUGAUUCUGAUGGGAGUAUAGUUCAGUUUCAUUAUGGAGAAGAUUCUCUUGAUGUUACAAAACAAAAGCAUUUAUUGGAAUUCGAUUUUUCAGUUAUGAAUUGUAGAUCAUUGGCUCGGAAAUAUCGCAUUAAAACUAUUUAUAAAUAUCUCGAUCAUAAAAAAGCUGUUUUAUAUGCGAGAAAAUCUAUUAAAGAUCCACUGAAAUAUGAUCCUGUUCUUUCUAAAUAUAGCCCAAGUAGGUUUUUAGGAAGUAUUUCUGAGAACUUUCAACAAUCUAUAGAAAAUUAUAUUAGUAAAGAUCCACAUAAUUUUUUUCAGAAAAAUAAAAACAAUGAAUUAAUAAAAAAUAAUAUUUCUAAAGAUAGGUUUCGUUUUCUUAUGUAUAUGAGGUAUCAACAAUCCCUAGUCUAUCCUGGUGAGGCUGUAGGUGUCCUUGCUGGUCAGUCUAUUGGUGAACCUUCUACUCAGAUGACUCUCAAUACAUUUCACUUUGCUGGUUUUGGUGCUAUGAAUGUUACUCUUGGUGUUCCAAGAUUAAGAGAGAUAGUCUUAACAGCUGGUUUGAACAUUAAGACGCCUACAAUGACUUUUCGGAUUUUAGAUAAAAUAUCAGAUUAUGAGGCUGAAAUGUUUGCAAAAAAUAUUAGUAAACUUAUUUUAUCUGACUUAGUUGACAAAAUAAUUGUUACAGAGUAUAUUUUAGUUAAGACCAGAGUUAAAAAAUAUGAGAUUAAAAUUCUAUUUUUUUCGAAAUCAGAAUAUAAGGAAGAAUAUAAUUUAACGAGUUUUGAAUUGAAAAAGGUUAUGAAAAUUUAUUUUUUGAAAGAGUUAGAUAAAAUAUUAAAAAAAGUGUUUAAAAAAAAUAGUAAAAGAAUAAACAAAGAGAAUAUUAUUGGGAAAGAUGAUGCUACACCAUAUAUUGGAAAUACAAAUUCUUUUCAAAAUUCUGAAGGUCUACAAGAUCAGGAUGAUUCUUUAUCUGAUAAUAUUAUGAAUGGAGUUGAUAGUGAUAUUAUAUCUAUGAAAACUACUUUUCAGUCUAAAAGGACGAUUUAUAAUGAUGAUAGUGACAAUGAUGAUUAUGAUGAUGAGGAUCAUGAUGAUCGUGACGAUAAUGAUAAACAAAUUAUUCAAGAAAAAAAUAAUAGUAGUCAUAGUGAUAAUGAUAUUAAUGAUCAAAAUGAGAUUUAUGAUCUUGAGGUUUAUUCAGACAGUGAAAGUUAUGGAAAUAAUAUUUUAGAUAAAUUUAAAAUAAAGGAAAAUAAUAACGAUUCUGUUAUUCAAAAUACUAAAAUUUUAGAAAAUACGUAUUAUACAUGUUCAAAUUGCACAAGAUUUGAAUUUGAUAACAUUAAUGGAGAAUGGUGUGAAAUUGAGUUAGUUUAUCCUUUUGAUAUGCCUAAGUUAUUAUUAGUUGGUUUUAUAGAAAUGGCUUGUCAGAAGACUGUAAUACGAGAAAUGGCUGGCAUUUCAAAAUGUUUUCGAAUUCCACCAGAGUCGAAAUGGGAUACUUCACGUGUCUUAUGUACAGAUGGCGUUAACUUUAAAGGGAUUUGGGAAGCUCAAGAUAUUGUAUCUUUAAAUACACUUUAUUCUAAUGAUAUUACGAGUGUUCUUCGUACAUACGGUGUUGAAGCUGCUAGAAAUGUAAUAAUAACUGAAAUUUCUAAGUUGUUUAAAGCUUACGGUAUAGUUGUUGAUGUUAGACAUCUCAUUCUUAUUUCUGAUUAUAUGACAAUUGAUGGUUCAUAUAAAGCUUUUAAUAGAACGUCUAUAUCUUCUAAUGUUUCUCCUUUUUUGAAAAUGAGUUAUGAGACUUCAUGUAAUUUUCUUCAAGAAGCAACUUUGCACGGUGAUACUGAUCUCCUUAAAAAUCCUAGUGCAAAGUUAGUUAUGGGGAAAGUUGUAGAUGUUGGUACUGGCUCAUUUGAUAUUUUAAUGCCUUUGUUAUAA